AUGAUAAACUCGGACACAGACUCGCUACCGAUGAGCGAGGAAAAACCUGCCAACUUAGAACGUGCAGGCGAAGAAUCUGACGCGUUAAAGAAACACAAGACUCUCGAGGAUGGGCAAUCAACAAUAUCGCACGUAGCUACUCAUGAGAUACGGUGCUCGACUCCAGAUAUCGACGACAGCAACUAUAGCGGCUCCGAAGUAUGCGACUGUGAUAAAGAAUCGCACGAAACACCUUACACAAUGCUUAAUGACACACAAAAAUGGAUCAUGGUCGCACUUUUAACCUCAGCAGGAUUUUGGUCUUCCUUAGGCUCACCUAUCUAUUAUCCUGCAUUGAAACAGCUUGAAAAAGUAUUUACCAUCGACGAAGAAAUGGUAAACAUUACUGUGGUGGUUUAUCUUAUUUUCCAAGGUGUUGCUCCUACAAUUAGUGGAGGUUUAGCAGAUGUUUAUGGGCGGAGACCUGUAAUUUUGAUGGGCAUGCUUAUCUAUGUUGUGGCAUCUAUAGGACUUGCAUGCUCCCACUCAUACGGUGUAAUCGUUUUCCUGAGAUGCUUGCAGAGUGCGGGUAUUUCACCAAUCAUUGCGAUUAAUUCAGGUGUUGUCGGUGAUUUUACUAUUAAGGCAGAACGUGGAACGUACGUCGGUGCAGUAUCGGGGUUUACGUUGAUGGGCCAAGCGUUUGGAUCCUUAAUAGGUGCCGCUCUUACCGCUGCUUACGACUGGAGGGCCAUUUUUUGGUUUCUAACAAUCGGUUGUGGUGUUUGCAUGUUGAUUAACUUUUUGGUUUUGCCAGAAACAAAACGAACGUUGGUCGGUAAUCUCUCCGUCAGACCUCAAAGGAUCAUAAACAGAGCCCCAAUUUUGGCCAUUCCCGCUGUCAAGAGAAAACUGAAUCUUGACAAGCCAGAUUACUCCAGUCUUGAUAGGAAUAAGGUAAAGAUUGAUCUUAUCUCAGCUUUGAAGAUUCUAGCCCAUCCAGAAAUCACUCUGUCACUACUACCAGCUGGUUUACAAUUUGCCUUAUGGACCCUGACACUAACCUCAAUUUCUUCGCAACUAUCAGCUGCUCCAUAUAAUUAUAAGCUCACAAUUAUUGGUGUGUGCUAUUUGCCAGCUGGAAUUGGCGGUCUGAUAGGUUCUUUUAUCACAGGAAAAGUCAUUGACGUAUAUUAUAGAAGAGUUUUGAGACGCUUUCAAGAAAAAAAAGACCAAGGAUUAUUACCGGCAGACGCGAAAUUUAAUACAUUAAGAGCACGUCUGUAUACUUCGAUCCCUCAAAAUUUUCUGUCAGUUGUGGCCUUCACGUUAUUUGGCUGGAGUGUUGACAGAGGUUGGCAUGUGUCUGCUCCGUUGAUAACAUCAUGUGUAGGAUCAUUCUGCGCGAUGAGUACCCUAUCAUCUUCAAGUACUCUACUUGUGGAUUUGUAUCCCAACAAAUCAUCCACGGCAACAAGUUGUUAUAACUUCAUCAGAUGUUCCCUAAGUGCGAUUUUCAUGGCAUGUUUUGCAAGGAUGAAUCAAUCUUUAACUAUUGGUGGAACAUUCACCUUGAUUAGUGGUUUCGUCUUUAUCGGGAAUUUUGUAACCUUCAUCCCAAUGAUUUACGGAAUGAGAUGGAGAGAGAGGAGAGCUAUGAAAGCAGAGCGAAACGCCAUAAUAUAG